UUCAUUCACUCCUCAAAUCAAAGCACAAAGCACAAAGAACAAGAACAUUGGUUCCAAGUUCUAGUAGCUACGAUUGAACUUGGCAAUGGCGAAAACCACUCACAUUGUCGUAAUUGCAGGCCCUGGCUUCACCCACUUAGUCCCCAUUCUCCAAUUCUCCAAAAGACUCGUCAACCUCCACCCAAACUUUCACGUCACAUGCAUCAUUCCCUCGUUAGGGUCUCCCCCAAGUGCCUCAAAAACCAUCCUCGAGACCCUCCCUUCAAACAUCACUUCAACUUUCCUUCCCCCAGUGAGUCCCAAAGACCUUCCCCAAGGGGUUGCAAACGAAGUCCAAAUGCAACUCACGGUCACACACUCUCUCCCCUCCAUCCACCAAACGUUGAAGUCCUUAACCUCAGACUCAGACACCGCCCUCGUGGCCAUGGUGGUUGAUUCCUUCGCCUUCGAAGCCCUAGACUUCGCUCAAGAGUUCAACCUCUUAUCCUACGUGUACUUCCCCGCAGCAGCCACCACACUCUCUGUGCUCAUGCACUUGCCCAAGCUCGACGAGGAAACAUCGUGUGAGUACAGAGAUUUGCCCUAUCCGGUUAAAGUGCCAGGGUGUGUGCCACUCCACGGGAAGGAUCUCUACACCCCAACUCAAGAUCGAACCAACCUCGUUUACAAACUCUUGCUCCAGCGCGUCAAACGCUACCGUUUCGUCGAUGGGAUUUUCAUUAACAGCUUCUUGGAGAUGGAAGAGGGUCCCAUAGCAGCGUUGAAGGAUGAGAUAAGAGGGUACCCUAGAAUGUACCCCGUUGGACCCAUUGUCCAAACGGGAACGGGUAAGUCCGAGAAAGGGUUGGAGUGUUUGACGUGGUUGGACAAACAAGAGAAAGGUUCGGUGUUGUAUGUUUCAUUCGGGAGCGGUGGAACGUUGUCGCAGGAGCAAAUGAACGAGUUGGCUCAUGGCUUAGAGAUGAGCAAGCACAAGUUCUUGUGGGCAGUGAGGGCACCGAAUGACGUUGCAAACGCUGCUUAUCUCGGUGGUGGAGAAAAGUGCGUUGACCCUUUGGAGUUUUUGCCGUUUGGGUUCAUGGAGAGGACCAAGGAGCAAGGAAUGGUGGUGCCAUCGUGGGCACCGCAGGUUCAGAUUCUUGGCCAUGGUUCGGUUGGUGGGUUUUUGACUCACUGUGGGUGGAACUCGACUCUGGAGAGUGUGCUUCAGGGCGUGCCACUCAUCACGUGGCCACUGUUCGCGGAGCAGAAGAUGAACGCGGUUGUGCUGAGUGAGAGCCUCAGGGUGGGGGUGAGGCCGAGGGCGAAUGAGAAGGGGUUGGUGGAGAGGGAUGAGAUCAGUGAUGUGGUGAAGAGGUUGAUGGAAGGAGUGGAAGGUGUUAAGUUUCGCAAUAGGAUGAAGGAGUUGAAAGAAGCUGCUACUAACACACUCAAGGAAGAUGGGGCUUCCACCAAGACUCUUUCUCAGUUGGCACUCAAGUGGAAGAGUUUGGCUUAGCGAAAUUAGUUAAGCAAGUUCUAUGGAAUCGAAUAAUUUGGUCGUGGGAUCUGGAUCUUGGUUUUGUCAACUUAAUUUAUUAAUUGUUCUAUUCUGUCAUGUUUCUGCUUUUUAAUAUCCGUCGGUUCUUAUGUGGAUCCUUGACCUUGUAGAAAGUUGAUUAUGUUAAUAUGAUGAUCUCCAAUAUUAUUGGAUUUGCAUGA